AUGAAAUUCGUCCAUUUAUUGGUGGGUUUGAGCUGCAUGCUCUGGGAGAUUCGAGGAUAUCCGUACUAUCCAACUUACGGAAAUAUAGAUACUUAUUCGUAUGGUGACUCUAGUCGCGGUGGCAUGGCAUUAAGCCGCUACUACAACCCGUACUACAAUCCUGGCAAUGGAGGAGCAAGUAUGGCUGCUUUCCUGUACAGACAGCCUGAACAGGCAACUCUUCAGGAAUCCAGUCAAUAUUAUCUCCCUGACAGAAGGCGUCAGAUCCCCCAAGAAGCCAACUUCAAUGUCCCACCCCAGCAGAACGAAAUCUUUUACGCCCAACAACCCGAAAACCCCGCUUUUAUUCCGACCGAGGCAACAGAAGUGGUUGAACCUACAGAGAAAACAGUUCAAGUGGCACCAACUACAGCAAAAUCUGUGGUUGUCCCUGAGUUAGUUGAACAUGAAAUUGAAGAGGUCCCUGAAGAAGAACCCGUACCUAAGCCAAAGAAAGCUGUAACGAAGAGGAAACAAGUGAAGAGGCCCAUUGACGAUGAUGACGAGGAUGAUGCCUACUCUCCUAAGAUGCCUGCCGCUGCUUACUUCCCGAUGUUCUUCGGAUGGGGUGGCAGGUCGGGUGGACAACCUAACGGUGGGGGCCCCACUGCCAUUGCCAAUGCUUUCAGCACCGGCCGCGGUGGUGUAGCGACUAGUCAUGCGACUGCUUAUGGAAUGCCCAGACCCCAAGAAAGAGUGUAA